AUGGUCGACGCCCCCAACAAGGUGCCCCAGCACCAGCGAUUCUACCAGCAAGCCUACAAGCAGCACACGCGCCUGUGGCAGAUCGGUACUCGAAGCCCGGUGCUCCUCGUCCCCUUCCAGGUCAUGCUCUGGGGUACCUUCGGAGCCUCCAUGUACAUGAUGGGACGCAAGAUCUUGGGCUACAACACCUGGUUCGGCAAGGCCUAA